AUGGCGCUAAUGCUUCGCAGCAUCACGUUCGUGGCCGCCAAGCGAGCGGCCACGCGUGCGCCACUCGCCGACAUCGCUGCGUCCUCUGCGUGUACGCGUAGCUUUGCGUCCAAGUCGGAUGCGAAGAAGAAGAGCAAGAAAAAGGGGAACGACGACGCCAACUUUGAGAAGAUGCUGCGUGCUAUUAAGGGCCAAUAUCCCGAGGCGGCCGAGUGGACAGACGAGGAAAAGCAGCGCCACCAGGAGAUUGGUCGCCGCUACAACCGGAUGAGCUCUAUCGAGCACAACCACCUUAUGCGCGACGUGCAGACCAAGAUUGAUCUCAAAUGGGAUGCCAUCAACGCGCUGCCUGCAGAGCUGCAGGCGGAAGCAAUGGAGAUUGACGACGCUCCUAUUCCCGAGGAACGUACUAUGGCCACGUGGACGCCGCCCAUUCCAGGCUUUAGACGAUACACGGACGAAGAAGACGAAACAGCGGGCUAG